AUGUUCACCUGGGGCCCGUCGGACCCCGCGCGCGCGGGCGCGCCGCUGAUCGCGCGCGGCGAGGGCGUCUACGUCUACGACCGCGACGGCAAGCAGUACCUCGACUGGACGUCCCAGGCCGUCUGCGCGAACCUGGGCUACACCGUGCCCCCCAAGGUCAAGGCCGCCGUCAUGAAGCAGUUCGACGAGCUGCCCUACGCGUACAGCGGCCUCGCGAUGACCGAGGUCCGCGCGCGGCUCUCAGAUUUGCUCGGCGAGCUCCUCCCCGGCGAUCUGAGCGGCUUCAUCUUCCCCUCGAGCGGCGCCGAGGCCAACGAGGGCGCCAUCCGCAUGGCCCGGCGCUUCACGGGCCGGCACAAGGUCAUGACGCGGUACCGGUCCUACCACGGCGGCACGGCGACGACGAUGGCGGCGACGGGCGACUUCCGGCGCCACUUCGCCGAGGCGGGCACGAGUGGCUUCGUGAAGAUCGUCGACCCGACGCCCUUUGGCUUCUCCUGGGGCGACGACGAGGCGACGGCCUGCGCGCGCGCGCUCGGCGCUUUGCGGGAGCAGAUCCUCAUGGAGGGGCCCGAGACCAUCGCGUGCAUGCUCCUCGAGGCCGUGCCCGGCGCCGCGGGCGUGCUCCUCCCCCCCAAGGGCUACAUGGAGGGCGUCGCGGCGCUCUGCAAGGAGCACGGCAUCCUGCUCAUCGCCGACGAGGUCAUGACGGGCUUCGGCCGGUCCGGCGAGAUGUUCGGCUUCCAGCACUACGCGAUCCAGCCCGACAUCGUCACCUUCGCCAAGGGCAUCUCCGCGUCCUACAUCCCCCUCAGCGGCAUCGCCGUGUCCAAGGAGAUCCAGGAUUAUUUCCGGACGACGCCCCUGGGCUACGGCGCGACGUACCAGGCGCACCCCGUGGCCAUGGCCUGCGGCUACGAGGUCGUCAAGCACACGCUCGAGGCCGACGUGCUGGGCCACGUGCGGGAGCUCGCGCCCGUGCUCAAGGAGCUCAUGCAGACCCUCGCCGACGAGCACGACUGCGUCCGCCAGGUCCGGUCCGUGGGCCUCUUCGGCGCCGCGGACCUCGUCAACACGUCGGGACCGGACGCGGGCAACCGCGUCUCUCCGCUCCAGGGCGGCGGGCCCAACGCGGCGAAGAUCAACGGCUUCAAGCAGGCCAUGCUCGACGAGGGGCUCAUCAGCCUCUUCCGCAACUGCAUGAUCCACGUCGCGCCGCCCCUCGUCAUCACGGAGCCCGAGCUCCGCGACGGCUUCGACCGCAUGCACCGCGCGCUCAAGAAGGCCGACUUCUGA